CCCGUCAGCACUUGCCUACGGAAGCUCGUUGGCUCCAACCUCCGUUAAAACCUUCGCACCAGCGACGCCAAUGUCCGACAUUCUUCAACGGCGACAUGAUGAGAACGGUUCCGUUAUUUCAAGAAAAGACAAACGCCGCUUUUUACGUCGUCGCUUGAGUUUAGCGCAGAGCGGACAGCGAAGGGCCGCUCGAUGAGCACGGGGACCGGGAAGGGGACGGGACACGGUUGGGCUCGAGGCUCCGCGGAGCCGCGGUGAUGCUACGUAGGCAACUGGAAGAAAAGCCGUUUUUCACCGACACACGGUGAGUCCGACCCGGGGCUCCGACACACCGAUGCGCUUGUGCUGUCCCGGACCGCUCCUCCGGACACGCCGGUGUGUUUGUGUCGUGUUGACGGUGGGCUGAGUGUGUUCGGGGUUCGUCGGGGGUUCGUCGGUGGUUUUGGACUCGGUGAGGACGGGGCACGCGCUGCUGAAUCGGUGUGUAAUGGCCGGUCGGAGCCGCAGGGCAUGGUUCAGUGUCCUGCUGGGGCUGGUGGUCGGCUUCACCCUGGCCUCCAGACUCAUCCUGCCCAAGGCCACCGAGCUUAAGAAGGCCGGGCACAAGCGCAAAGCCAACCCCGCCGGCUGCGCACUCAACCCGGGGCUGAGGAAGGAGUACGCCGGGGGGCUAUGGCCGCCGCAGGAGAACGGCUCACCGGCCACCGAACAGCCCGGAUCCAGGUCCGACAACUUCCUGUUCGUCGGUGUGAUGACGGCCCAGAAGUACCUUAACAACCGGGCCGUGGCGGCGCACAGGACGUGGGCUCAGACUAUUCCAGGUCGGGUGGAGUUCUUCUCCAGCGAAGGCUCCGACACCUCCAUCCCCAUCCCCAUUGUAGCUCUGAGGAACGUGGAUGACUCCUACCCGCCCCAGAAGAAGUCCUUCAUGAUGCUGAAGUACAUGCACGACCAUUACCUGGACAAGUACGAGUGGUUCAUGAGGGCAGACGACGACGUCUACAUAAAAAGUGAGAAGCUGGAGGGUUUUCUGCGCAGCCUCAACAGCAGCGAGGCCGUCUUCCUGGGCCAGACGGGCAUGGGCGCCCGAGACGAACUGGGUAAACUGGCCCUGGAACCGGGCGAGAACUUCUGCAUGGGGGGGCCGGGGGUGAUCAUGAGCCGCGAGGUUCUCAGAAGGAUGGUACCGCACAUCCGAGAAUGUCUACAAGAGAUGUACACCACCCACGAGGAUGUGGAGGUGGGCCGCUGUGUGAGGAGGUUCGCAGGGGUCCAAUGUGUGUGGUCCUACGAGAUGCAGCAGCUGUUCUAUGAGAACUAUGAACCAAAUAAAAAGGGCUACAUCAGAGAUCUCCAUAACAGCAAGAUCCAUCGCGCCAUCACCCUCCACCCCAACAAGAACCCUCCGUACCAGUAUCGCCUCCACAGCUACAUGCUCAGCCGCAAGAUCGCAGACCUGCGUUAUCGUACCAUUCAGCUUCAUCGUGAGAUCGUCCAGAUGUGGCGCUACGGAGCAGCCGAGCCCAGCCGAGAAGACCUCCAACUCGGAACACCGCCCUCAUUCAUGCGUUUCCAUCCACGGCAGAGAGAGGAAGUCCUGGAGUGGGAGUUCUUGACGGGAAAGUAUCUGUUUUCGUCGUCUGAUGGUCAACCUCCCCGCCGUGGCAUGGACUCGUCCCAGAGGCAAGCCCUGGAUGACAUCAUCAUGCAAGUGAUGGAGAUGAUAAACGCCAACGCCAAAACACGAGGGCGGGUUAUUGAUUUCAAAGAAAUCCAGUAUGGUUACCGGAGGGUCAGCCCCCUUUAUGGGGCAGAGUAUGUCCUGGAUCUGCUGCUGCUGUACAAGAAGCACAAAGGAAAGACUAUGACGGUUCCUGUGAGGAGACACGCCUACUUACAGCAGACCUUCAGCCAGAUCCAGUUCAGAGAGGAGGAAGAAAUGGAUGCUAGAGCUCUUGCUAGCCACAUCAAUAAAGAGUCUGACUCCCUUUCAUUUCUGUCCAACUCCCUCAAGAUGCUGGUGCCUUUCAAACUCGCCACGUCUGGCCAGGACCAAAGGGAAACAAAGGAGAAAAAGGUCAACAUUCUCGUACCUUUGUCUGGACGCUAUGACAUCUUUGUACGCUUCAUGGCCAACUUUGAACGAGUCUGUCUGAUCCCCAACCAGAACGUCAAGCUAUUGAUCCUGCUCUUUAACACCGAUAACAACACUGAGCGGGUCAAGCAGGUGGACCUCAUGAGGGAGUAUCACAUGAAAUAUCCCAGAGCGGAAAUGGAGAUCAAACCCGUGGCGGGGUCUUUCUCCAGGGCUCUGGCUCUGGAAGUGGGUUCAUCACACUUCUCUAAUGACUCUCUGCUCUUCUACUGUGACGUGGACCUGCUCUUUACCGGCGAAUUCCUGAAGCGAUGUCGGGCCAAUACCGGCCUUGGAGAGCAGACUUAUUUUCCCAUUAUCUUCAGUCAGUAUGACCCCAAGGUGGUGUACGCUGGGAAAGUCCCUAGCAACAACCACUACGUCUUCACGUCCAAGACGGGCCUGUGGAGGAACUACGGCUUUGGGAUCGUCUGCGUCUACAAAGGUGACUUGAUUCGAGCAGGAGGCUUCGACACUUCCAUACAGGGCUGGGGGUUGGAGGACGUCGACCUCUUUAAUAAAUUCGUCCAGUCAGGGAUUAAGUUGUUCAGAAGCACAGACACAGGGAUAGUGCAUGUCCACCACCCGGUUAUAUGUGACCCCAACCUAGAGGCAAAGCAAUAUAAGAUGUGCCUGGGCUCCAAAGCCUCGUCGCACGGCUCCACCCAACAGCUGGCGGAGCUCUGGCUGGAGAAGAAUGACCACAGCUUCAGGAGGUUGGCCAGCAAUAACGGCUCCGUCAGGACAGCGUGAGAAACGGCGGACCACAGACUGUCGUAAAGUCGACCUGAUGCUGGUCUGGACUCACAUUCUUCUCUUAGUGGUGUUUUCGCUACCUAAUUUAUUUUUUACUGAAAUGAGAGACUGCACAUGGAUAUAUUUUGAAAAUGUCUUUUUUAAAUAAAAUUUACAGAAACGCCUUGACGAACAAUUCAACAACGCCUUUGGUUCUGGUGCGGAGGUACUGGGUUGUAGCGGAGGGGGUUCUUCGGUCUGGUCCAGGGGUCAUUAUCAUGUACCUCAGUGACGUACACACUGGUGGUCCUUAAAUAACGCCUGUGUUGUGUUUGUAGAAAACAGACUGGUGUGGGUGUCCUCAACGCUCCAAAUACAACUCAACUUUUCUUUGUGAAUGUUUACAACAGACUGAAUUUGAACAUUUCAUUGUUGAAAACUCCAAUCACACCUAUCUUAAUGAUUACUAAGGGCCAUUUAUUUGAUUCUUUUAAUUUACUAUGUUUUUCUGUUGCUUUUGACAUAACACUGUUACUGUUUCUCCAGGGUUUAUAUUUUCAUUUAUGAUUUAUUUCUGUGAACCCAACUGCUGGAUUUGAUAUCUGCAAUUCAUCUUUUCCUGUCUAAUUUAUUGAAUUAGAAUGAAAUAGGCUCCAUUUUCUACUUUCUGACUGUUUUAAUAUGUAUAAUGGAAAGAUUGUAUAACCAUGUCAGCUGCAGGAUAGUGUUUUAUUUUUUCGUAUUAUUCUUAAACUCAUUAUCACCAAAGAGUUUUGCACAAUCUGUGGUAGGUACCAUAUGUUAGGUGUGUUUGAGUGUGAACGUGCAUGUGUGUGGUUGUUUUACUGUAGAAGGUGACGGAGGCGCCGGCUCCGUCCGACCACUCCGGCUUUUAUUCCACUUCCACACAUUUCAGUCUCAGUCUUUAAGAACGUUCUGUCGGUUUUGUGGUUGAACGGAGCAAGCGGUGCCGUGGCUUCACUGCUGGUUCCAUGGAGCUGGGACGGGUCUGGUUCUGUGUUUCAGGCCCGGUUCGCUGUUCUGCCCCGUCUUCGGUGCCUCUGGGCAGGAAGUGUCCGAUGUAGUGCUACAUCUGAUCACUGCUCCACUUUCAGCAAAACCGUGUCAGUGCUUGAUAUUUAAGAUCGAACAAGGAUGAAUGUGAUCGAUGCUGUCAUUCUUGAACUUUUUUUUUGGUCAUUUUUGUUCUUUAAACUCUGUCCAACUGCGAAAGGUUUUCUAUUUAAAAAAAUAAAAUGGGGUAAAAGUAUAAA